UUAGAUGAAUCUUUUAAACGCAAACUACAAAUAUUUCUUAACGUUGAUAAUAGAAUGUAAACAUUCGGUAGGAAAUCUAAAUGAUAAAAAUUUUAAGUUAACAUGUUAUUGGCUUAAGUAGUAGCUUCCGUUUAACAUGAAUCAUAGGAGAGAGAACUUAAAAAUGUUCAAUUGAAUUUGCCUUAUCGCUUCAGUCUUAAACAAAUAUUCUUUCUCUCUAGAAUGUUCCCUCUUUAUGUACAAGAAAUAUAAUUAAUUGAACGAACAUUCUGAGAAGUAUUAAUGAAAUCUAACGGAAUAUUUGAAGAUCUAGAAAGAACAGUUUAAGUAGAAAUUAUAUACGCACGCGUAAAUGAUAGGCACUUAUUGUGACAAUCAGUAUUAGUAAAGAAAAAUGAGAAGGAGGGAGUUUGUUAUGUCAAGGAUACCCGAUAUAAGCACGCGGGUCCAUAAAACAGACGCUUACUUGUUUAAAACAACAGUUUUCCUGAAGUUUCAACUGUGAAAGUGAUAUUUUUCUUUUGAUGCUACUUAUGAUAUGAGAAUAAAUUGAAUAAAUCAUGCAUAAAUCAAAGAAAGAUUGGGAUAACACCAUACAACAUGACAGUGGAUCUGAGAGUACACCUUUACUUUCCUCUAGCUCUCAUUCUAGUAUCAAAUCAAUUGAAUUUCAAGAUUUUGAGACAAGUGACUUGGAUUAUGCUCCUAUCAACAAUUAUUUCAAGUAUGGUAGUGCAGAAACUUGUACUCUUGAUUCUAAUGCUAUUGCAAUAUUAAAAAGGCCUCCACCUCUUAGCGAAGAUCACAUUUUAGCAUCACCUUUAUCACAAAGCACACCUUGCUCAUUAAAUGUAAUACAAGACAGAUGUUAUGAAAUCCAUAAUACUGAUCUGGUAUUCAAUAAUGAAUCAAAUGACAAAGAGUCUCAGUUAAAUAAUGUUACAAUUAAAUUUUUAUCUUUGUCCUAUUCAUUACAACAAGAACCCACCAACUCUGCAUGUAACAUUGUGAAACCAAAGCAAAGCUCUCUAGUCACAGUGUUUUCAGUAUGGAACACCAUAUUAGGGUCAUCUUUACUAACAAUACCAUGGGGUAUUGAAAUGGCUGGAUUUUUCCCUGGCAUUAUUCUUAUACUCUUAAUGAGCGGUUUGUGUUUGUAUACCGCUUAUUGUCCUCUUGUGCAUAAAUACCAUGGUGGACAUCAGGGUAUAGAAGUAACUCAUCUGUGUCAAAUAUAUAUCAAUAAAUGGGCAGAAUAUAUUGCUAAAUGUUUCAGUGUUAUAGUUUUAUUGGGUGCAACUAUUGCUUACUGGGUAUUAAUGUCCAAUUUUCUAUACAAUUCUGUAAAUUUUGUAUAUGAUGGUACAUUUAGAACACCUGAAUAUUCUACAAAUGAUAAUAUUCUCAUUAUCAGAAUUAAGUGUAUAUUUAUAUUAUUUGUUUUAAUUACAGUAUUGUGUUUGAAAAAGUCAAUAUAUAACAGUACAAACUAUGUGGCUCAUGAGUACACUUACAAUGCUUUGGGUCCAAUAUGGGAUUUAUAUAAAACAGUUCCAUUUUUUCUUGGUUUAUUAAUAUUUCCAUUUCUGAACUGUAGUAGUCCUACUUUCUUUACAAAAUUUAAUUCUCUUGGAACCCUGUCAGUCAUGUAUUUGAUUAUGUUUGUCUUGGUUAAAUCAACAUCAUGGGGCAUCAAUAUGAAUGAAAUAGAAUGGAAAAAUAGCUGGAUAUUGAAAUCUUCCUUUCCUGCUCUUUCUGGAAUGCUGGCACUCUCAUUUUUCAUUCACAACAUCAUUGUAACUAUAAUGCAGAACAAUCGUGAUCAAAGUAAAAAUGGAAGAGACCUUUCCAUAGCUUAUCUUCUUGUUACAUUGACUUAUAUCAUAGUUGGUGUAUUAUUUUAUGUAUGUUUCCCCCUUAAUAAGUUGUGCAUUGAAGAUAAUUUUUUAAAUAAUUUCAAAAAGUGGAGCGGUUUAACGGUAGGAGCACGUAUUGUUUUACUCUUUCAAUUAUUGACAGUGUAUCCAUUACUUGCAUAUAUGUUACGUGUGCAGCUACUUUCGUCAUUGUGUAGAACAUACAAUACAGGCUGUGUUAUAAUCAUAAAUAUUAUUCUAAUAUCUGUAUGCAUUUUAUUUGCAAUUUUUGUGCCGUAUAUUGGUACGAUAAUAAGAUACACCGGUGCGUUGAGCGGUUUUAUAUAUGUUUUCACAUUACCCAGUUUGCUGUAUUUAAUAACUUUAAAACAACAACAAAAACUAACAAUAUGUUCUAUAUUUUUACAUGUCAGUAUACCAAUAUUUGGAUUGUUGAAUCUAGUAGCACAAUUUUUUACUGAAUUAUGAACAUAUUUAAAGAAAUAUUUGAAAAAACCCAAAAAUGUGUUCCUAAUAGUAUAGUACAAUUAAUUUUACAAGGAAAUGUUCAUAUAUUUUGUAUUAUAUUAAAAUGUUAGAUAACGCUAUAUAUUAAGAAACAUUUAUAUAAGAGAUAUAAUCAUAAAUGACACAGAAGAAAUUAUUUAUUUACCUUAUUACAAGCAACUGUGUAAGAUAAUAUAUAUCACCUAAACAUAA